AUGUCGCCGUCUUCUCCAUUUGCAGACACGUAUGACCCCAUUCGUGAUCUUCUUCAAGGGUUUGAUCUAUGCAGAGGGCUCCGCGAAGUGAUAGGCCUCUCAUGGCACUGGGUCAAAGAAGGGAGAAUUUCAGACGUGCUGUUACGCGUGGAUGACAACAAAAGAUGGCCUCUUUCUGAUGUAAUCCAGGAAGCUUUUUCAAACCUAAAGCGUCUCAACGAGAAUCGUGGAAAGGAAAUCAGCACUCACGACACAGGUUGCUAUGCCUCUGCUAUUGACUAUCUGACAGACUUGAUGGAAAUAUACCAGGACAAGCCCCGUAGGGUUGAACUGGCAUUGAGAUGGCCAUUUCAACUCACAGACAAACACCAGUGGUGGAUGGAGGGUUGGAGCUUACAUCUGGCCCGUUCUAUUUGGAAUCUUCUUGACGAGUAUUGGAGGCCAUCAGCGAUCUGGGUUCUGAGAAAAGUGGGACUAGAGGUGUGA